CCGGCGCGGAGGGAAGCGGGGCGCCGAGCGCCAGGCCGGGCGGGGACGCGCUCAUCUCAAGCGGGCGGCCUGGAGGAGCCCUCUCGGCCGAGAGGCGGCAGAGAGGGACGAAACCACCCCAGCGGGACUUCGGCAGGUCUCGAUCGGAACCCCGAGCCCGCGCCCGGAGGAGGGCGCGCGCCACAAGGCCGGCACAGUCCGCCCGGCUUGCCUGGAGGAGGCGGGCGCACGGCGUUUGCCUGGCCGCGGACUGGCGCUGCCCGUGCUUCUAGUCGCGGAUUGAUCCUUUCUGAGCUCCGGCCUCGGAUUGGCCCUUUCCGAGCUUCCGGUCGCGGAUUGGUUCUCGCCGAGCUCCCGGCCGCGGAUUGGCCCUCCUUCCGGCCACGUUGCUUGUUGUGGGCCAGCCGCCCGCGUCUUUCUCGGUGAGAGGGUUCGCGGGCCCGCCCAGGAGCAGUGGCAAUCCGCUGUCGCCCCUCACGCGGCCUGGAAGUCCUCGGGUCCGGCUCCUUCGGCGGGCUGCUCGCGAAGCCUCCCUCCCCUCGCCCUUCCUCUAGCGGCGUCUCUCGCCCGCCAGCAUGAGCGUGGGCUUCAUCGGCGCGGGCCAGCUGGCCUGUGCGCUGGCGCGGGGCUUCACGGCCGCCGGUAUCCUGUCUGCUCACAAGAUAAUAGCCAGCUCCCCGGAAAUGGACCUGCCUACGGUGUCUGCGCUCAGGAAGAUGGGUGUGAACCUUACCCGCAGCAACAAGGAAACUGUGCGGCACAGUGACGUCCUGUUCCUGGCUGUAAAGCCGCACAUUAUCCCCUUCAUCCUGGAUGAGAUUGGGGUGGACGUGCAAGCAAGGCACAUCGUAGUCUCCUGUGCGGCCGGUGUCACCAUCAGCUCUGUGGAGAAGAAGCUAAUGGCAUUCCAGCCGGCCCCCAAAGUGAUUCGCUGCAUGACAAACACACCUGUGGUGGUACGGGAGGGUGCCACCGUAUAUGCCACUGGCACCCAUGCCCUGGUGGAGGAUGGGCAGCUCCUGGAGCAGUUGAUGAGCAGCGUGGGCUUCUGCACGGAGGUGGAGGAAGACCUGAUCGAUGCUAUCACCGGGCUCAGUGGCAGCGGGCCUGCCUAUGCAUUCAUGGCCCUGGACGCACUGGCUGAUGGUGGGGUGAAGAUGGGUUUGCCACGGCGCCUUGCAGUCCGACUGGGGGCCCAGGCCUUGCUGGGAGCUGCCAAGAUGCUGUUGGACUCAGAGGACCAUCCAGGCCAGCUCAAGGACAAUGUUUGCUCUCCUGGGGGAGCCACCAUUCAUGCCCUGCACUUUCUAGAGAGCGGGGGCUUCCGCUCUCUGCUCAUCAAUGCAGUUGAGGCCUCCUGUAUCAGAACACGGGAGCUGCAGUCCAUGGCUGACCAGGAAAAGAUCUCCCCAGCUGCCCUAAAGAAGACCCUGCUGGAUAGAGUGAAGCUGGAAUCCCCUACGGUGUCUACGCUGCCCCCCUCCAGCCCAGGAAAGCUCCUUACAAGGAGCCUGGUCCCAGGAGGCAAGAAGGACUAAGGCACCCUGUGCCCUGUUUGCUGUGACCCAGAGCCCUCGGCAGAGCUCCUAGCUGUGCAGGCAGGGGCACACCCAGGUAUUUCAGGUCCCGGUGAUAAAAACUCAAAUUUCUUCACACCAAGCAACUCCAGUUUCUUUUCUGGUCCUGUGUAGGAAGAUGCUGUGAAGGGGUGUUUGUCACUGGAAGCCAGGUACAACCUUGCACACCUCCCUCUGGUGGCAGAGAGAGGGGCUGGUAGCUGAGUCAGUGCCUGGCUUGGUAAGAAGGUCUGGAGUCCAAGACAAAUCAGUUUGACACCAAAGCAAGGAGAUGAGAGGGAAAAAACAUGACAGAAUUCUCUAAAUUGAUACUGGAGAAGUGAGCAAUUAAGAAUUGUUCUCACCACAAGUAUAUGGCAUUAGAUAGUGCUUGUGUUCGAUUCCUAUUUCAUGGCUGUAUCAUUUAGAAAGUAUUAUCUAGUGCUGAGUUUAGCUGCUUUAAUAAAGUUUAGUUUUCUGCUUUUCUUA